CCCUCGCCUUAUCGGGUCGAAAAUUUUCUCCCACUCCGGGUUACUCCAACAGAUUGACCGUCUUUCCACCUCUCAAAUCCCAACGUCUCCAAUCUCUGGUCACGGCACGUGCAUCAUUAUCUAAUCCACGCCGCUGUAAUUGGACACUCGAUCAGUCCAGUAUACAUUAGCCCCUCUUACACGCAAUUCAAUUGAUUCCUUUUCCCCCAACACAGCCAAGCCAUGUCCGAACGAGGCUCAUUCCGAGGAGGUCGCGGCCGCGGCGGAGGUUACGGUGACCGGUCCGGCGGCCGUGGCGGGCAGGGCCGCGGUGGCGGUGCAGGUGGCGGUGCCCACCGCGAGCACCGCGACCACCGCGAGCAGCAGCAGCAGCAAGAGAAGCCCAAGAAGGAGAACAUCCUCGAUCUGAACAAGUACAUGGACAAGGAGGUGCGCGUCAAGUUCAACGGAGGCCGUGAAGUCACUGGUAUCCUGAAGGGCUACGACCAAUUGAUGAACUUGGUUCUGGACGAUGUCAAGGAAGGCAUGCGCGAUGACGAAGGCAACGAGACCACGCGCUCGCUGGGGUUGAUCGUGGCCCGUGGUACGCUGAUUGUGUUGAUCUCCCCGGCCGAUGGCAGCGAGGAGAUCGCCAAUCCUUUCGUGCAACCGGAGGAGUAAGGGUUCCGUGGGUGGUGAUUCCAUGUCAUGCGAUUUGAAGAGCAUCGGCCAUGGCUUGACGGCUGAGGUUGAUGGCCUCGAUGCCCGGCUAGAUUUAAGGCCGAGUAAACCCAGUUGGGUUGAUCAAGGCCUCUACUGGUCGAGAAAGAGUCAUUCCAUUUACGAAAGCAGAUGAAAAGAUAUACCAGAUGUGCUUUGUGCUUUGUGCUUCGUGCUUCGAGCAGUGACUGUACAGUACCUGAAAAUGAGCUUGCAUGCACUGGUCAAGUCAUAGGCCAUGAUUGCAGCAGGAUGAGUGACUAGAAAGAAAUAUCAAUGAGAUUAACGACCAUUAAGCUUCGAAGUGACAUGUCAUGACAUCACGGCAGGGAAUGGGGUGAUGACGGUGACUUCGGCGUUGCACCGCCCGGUCUAGAAGCAAGUGCCCAGUCUAUCAUCCCAGCUGGUCGGAAGUAUAUUCGACUUUUGUCAAGUAUAAUAUCACCC